UUCCCUACCCCGCCCCGCCGGGAAAACGCGAGCCGUCGCCGCGCUCCCCAAACCGCCGCCCGCCUCGGCCAACGGCCCCCAACGGCCGCGCGCGGCUUCCCGCCUCCCCUCAGGCUCCUGCGGGCCCGGGGCCGCGCUCCUCGCCGCUGCCGCCGGCCGCGCUUUCCCGCCAUGCCCCAGCCGCUGGCUGCCUACGGGCCUAGGCGCGGCGGCCCGAGAUAGGGUCCCCGCGCUCCCGGGGGAGGAGAGGGAGCAGCCGCGCGCUCCGCCCCCUCCCCCCGGGGCUGCCGCCACCGCCUCAGCCUGGCGGGGAGGAGGAGCAGCAGCAGGCCUCCCGGCCGGCCGCCCGCCCGCAGGAAUUGAAUUCAGGACCUUGCAGUUGCCAGGCAGGUAGGAUGGUCCCUGGAUUAUGACUGUCAUUUGCUCUGAAGGCAUGUUUCCUUCCUGAACCACAUGAUCCCAAUCAAAGACAUUUCUGAUUCAUUUACAUCCUUGAAGAGCAUCUGUAGAAGAGGAAGGAAAAGAUGGGUGUGAAAACAUUUACUCAUAGCUCCUCUUCCCACAGUCAGGAAAUGCUUGGAAAACUAAAUAUGCUGCGAAAUGAUGGACAUUUCUGUGAUAUCACUAUUCGUGUACAGGAUAAAAUCUUCCGGGCACAUAAGGUGGUACUAGCAGCUUGCAGUGAUUUCUUUCGCACCAAGCUUGUAGGCCAAGCAGAGGAUGAGAACAAGAGUGUGCUGGAUCUGCAUCAUGUUACAGUGACUGGCUUUAUACCCCUUUUAGAAUAUGCUUACACAGCCACUCUGUCAAUUAACACAGAAAACAUUAUUGAUGUUCUAGCUGCAGCCAGCUAUAUGCAAAUGUUUAGUGUUGCUAGCACCUGCUCAGAGUUCAUGAAAUCAAGUAUUUUAUGGAACACACCCAAUAGCCAGCCAGAAAAGAGUAUAGAUGCUGGACAAGAAAAUUCUAACUGCAAUUUUACUUCUCGAGAUGGAAGCAUUUCUCCAGUAUCUUCAGAGUGCAGUGUGGUGGAAAGAACCAUUCCUGUCUGCCGAGAAUCACGGAGAAAGCGCAAAAGCUACAUUGUUAUGUCUCCUGAGAGUCCUGUAAAGUGUAGCACACAAACAAGUUCACCCCAGGUAUUGAAUUCUUCAGCUUCCUACACAGAAAAUAGAAACCAACCAGUUGACUCUUCUUUAGCUUUUCCUUGGACUUUCCCUUUUGGAAUUGAUCGAAGGAUUCAGUCUGAGAAAACUAAGCAGGCAGAGAACACCCGGGCUUUAGAAUUACCUGGCCCAUCUGAGGCAGGUAGAAGAAUGACUGAUUGUGUGACUUGUGAGAGCACAAAAGCUUCCUUGCCUCUGGGUACCGAAGAAGAUAUCCGAGUCAAAGUAGAAAGGUUAAGUGAUGAGGAGGUCCACGAGGAAGUGUCCCAGCCUGUCAGUGCGUCUCAGAGUUCACUGAGUGAUCAACAGACAGUUCCAGGAAGCGAACAAGUCCAAGAGGACCUUCUGAUUAGUCCACAGUCUUCCUCUAUAGGCUCAGUAGAUGAAGGUGUUACCGAGGGUUUGCCUACACUUCAAAACACUUCUAGCACUAAUGUUCAUGUGGAUGAUGAUGAUCGACUGGAAAAUGUUCAGUAUCCCUACCAACUCUACAUUGCUCCUUCUACCAGCAGUACAGAACGACCAAGUCCAAAUGGUCCAGACAGACCUUUUCAGUGUCCAACCUGUGGGGUGCGAUUCACCCGUAUUCAGAACCUAAAACAGCACAUGCUCAUCCACUCAGGAAUUAAACCAUUUCAGUGUGACCGCUGCGGGAAAAAGUUCACCAGGGCUUACUCGCUAAAGAUGCAUCGCCUAAAGCAUGAAGGUAAACGCUGUUUCCGGUGCCAGAUAUGUAGUGCCACUUUCACUUCCUUCGGGGAAUAUAAACACCAUAUGAGGGUUUCCCGGCACAUUAUCCGCAAGCCUCGGAUUUACGAGUGCAAAACAUGUGGCGCCAUGUUCACCAACUCUGGAAAUUUAAUCGUGCACCUGAGAAGUCUGAACCAUGAAGCAUCAGAGCUAGCAAACUACUUCCAGAGCAGUGAUUUCCUAGUACCGGACUACUUAAACCAAGAGCAAGAAGAGACCCUUGUUCAGUAUGAUCUUGGAGAACAUGGUUUUGAAAGCAACUCUUCUGUUCAAAUGCCUGUAAUUUCACAGGUCUCCUCCACCCAGAAUUGUGAAAGCACUUUCCCCAUGGGAUCUCUUGCUGGGCUGGCAGAAAAGGAAGAAGAGGUGCCAGAGCAGCCAAAGACCAGCGCUCAUGCUGAAGCUACCAGAGAUGAUCCCCCAAAGUCAGAGCUGUCUUCUAUAACUAUCAAGUAGUUUUGUGGUUUGGUUUCGUUUUUUGGAAAGUGCCUGUGCUUGGUCUUGUACAUUUAAAUUUAAUUUAAUUUUUUAACUAAGAAAGAGCUUGGGAAAGAAUCUCCCUUUUCACUUUGUAAGCCCUGCAACUGAUGUUUUAUUUUUCUUAAUUGAGAGAUUGCUUCUGUAAAGACAUAAUAACAUGAUGUUGAAACAAUAGAAAUCAUGAGACCUAGGAGAACCAGUUGACUUAAAACGUACCAGUUUCUUUCCUUUCAUUAUUAAAGGUAGGCUAACAACAGAUCAUUAGGUAAAGAAGAAAUCAGAUGAUUAUUGACUUGAUUAUCCUGAGAUGAAAGGGUAUGUGAGAAACAAAUUACUAAGCAGACUUUGACUAAUGGCCUGAGUAGAUGUUUACUUCUUUGCACAGGAUGUUGUAAAGCCUGUUGUUUUUGGAAGUAUUCAUGGCAAGCUUUCUUAAAAAUUACUAAAUACUUCUGAAAUCCAGCACACUUUUUUUUAAGCUUUGUAAUUUCUGUUGAGUUUUUCAGAUGAAAAUUUGAUGUUGGAUAGGCAUUCCCUAUACUUCAGUACCACUCCAGAGGCAAAGAACCAUGACUAAAACAUCAGGCUGUGGAUGAAAUUGGCGAGGAACACAGAAUACAAUACACAAAUCUCAGCUUCAUAAAAACUUUUAAUAUUGCUUUUCUGACUAAAAUUGGCAUUUACCUUGUCUUUGAAGGUCAGUGCCUGGUAACUAGGUCAUUGCCUAAAUCACUUUUCCCUUUGGCCCAUCAACAGUACUUUUUCUUGCAUAUACUGGUGUGCUACUAUAUAAAGGAAAAAUAUUAGAGAUAUUCUAUAUUUUAUAUAUAGGUUUAUGUAUUGUUGGGGAUGUUUUUACUGUGCUGUUUUGGACAAAAUAAUUCUGUGUUGAGGCUAAGUUCUUAACUAAGAUUGUUUACAAAAUCUCAUAUGACAGUGGUAUUAUCCUUGGUCCAAAAUAUUUUUAGAAAUUGCCAAAUUUAUUAGAGCAGUUACUAUAGUUUUUACACAGUGUAAGCAAUAAUAUAAAAGAUGAGGCUAUAAAAUGAUCACCUGACUCAGUCUGGAAGAGGAGAGAAAAUUGUUGACUUAACAAAAAAACCCUAAAAUCCUUAAAGUAAUGAGUAUCACUUUUUCUGCUGCUAAAAAGAUGAAAUUUAUAUGAUGCUCAAGACUGGGAUAUACUUUUCAUCUGGUGUCAUUAAAGCAUCUUUGACUUUAGUCUGAAAUAUGUAUGACUCCAUGAGUAAUGAACUUUCAGGGGCCGGGGAUUUAGCUCAGUGGCUCCGGUGCCUGCCUUGCAAACGCAAGGUCCCAAGUUCAAUCCCCAGUACGAAAAAAAAGAACUUUUAAUAUCUGUUUGUCUGUAUAUAAAAAACCCAAAGUUUAAUAAUUAUGAAAGCACCUAAAUGGAUUAGAAAAGAGAAACAAAAUAGUCAUACAGAGAUAAUGAAUUUUAUUCAGGUGCUAGGCCUUACUAAAUAUAUUUCUUAAUUAUAGUGAUUUGUUUCUUUUCUAAAUUAGCUAAUUGUAUAAUUCAUUCUUCCCCCCCAUAAAUGUAAAGAAAGAAAAAGUAAACUCACUAGAAUUUUUUAGGCUAAUGUUCUUUCUGUCUCCUUAUUUCCAGCUUUUUCUUUUUUCUUUUUUUUUUUGGUACUGGGGAUUGAACCCAGGGUCUUUGCACAUGAUAAACAUGCACUUGACCACUGAGCUACACCUCUAGCCCUUAUUUCCAAUUUUGUGCUUCAUGGGUGAACCUGUUUUUGACCCAUGUAACUUAGCCCUUAUUUUCAAUUCUGUAUUUCACUUACAAACCUGGUUUUUUAAUCCAUUUGCUCCCAAACAUAAGUGUACUUCGGGAAUAUCAACAUUUAUGUUAUGAUGGACUUCUACAAUUUAUGAUUCUUUACUGGUAGUAUUAAAUUACUUUUUGCAACAGACUGCCAUGUCUCAACUGGAACUGUAAAUCUAAUCUUAAAAUCCUAUGUUAGGGAGACAAAGAAUAGGAAUCACUAUUGCUCUUUGUUCCAAGUUAUUAGAAAAAGAAAAGAAAAAGAGGAAAGAAAUGUGUAAAGAGUCAUUGAUAGAAUUACCAGUCAGAAGUGUUUUAGCACCUCUCCUAUACUGAGAAUUCAACAUUAAGAGAACCCUCGGCAGCUGGCAGCUCUAAGAUAUUCUGACUGUUUUCUCACAGUGAAGGAUUAUUUAUCACUGGAUAUUCUUUCCCAGAUGGAAACUGUAGAUUUUCAUUGGUAAUUACAAAUUGUACAGAUUUCCAGGUUUUAUAGGAAAUUUGAAUAUACUGUGAAAAUCCUUAUCUGGUUAGUUAUUGCCCAAAUCUUAUCACUAUAGGUAAUUUAAGUAUUUAACAUAAAAUAAUAGAGGCCUUUUUCUAUUUCAGGAAGGCUCUACAUUUUUCUUGAUAAUGAUUUGAGGAUGUUUUGUUUAUAGAUCUGUUUAAGAAAACAAAACUAUAAGGGUGUAAUUGUAUAUAUAGUACUAUUUAGAUUUAUUUAAAAUCAUGUAAGAGAGGGAUACCUGGAUGUAUAGUUUUUACCAGAACAUAUGGAAAACAUUGCAAAGAUGAAAGCCAGUUACAUUAUCUCAUCCAUGAAAAUUUUCGAUAUAACUACACAUGAAAAUUCCCAUUUAGAAUAUUUAAGCAUAGCUGCCUUUGUUAAAGCCCAAGAAGAUACCUUUGUGGUAUUUAAAGGGCUUAAAUUUUAGAAUGCAAGAAAAUUUACCUUUUUAAGACCAAGCAUUUUAUAUUGGAAAAGGUUUUAUUUCCAUUUUUCUAACUACCAAAUAGCUGUACCUUAGAAGUAAACAAAGAUGUUCACCAUGAUACUGGAUAUUAUAGCUCUUCCAGUCAUUCUUUUCAUUUCUAAGGAUAUAUUGUAACAGUAAAAGCAGUUAGCAUGUCAGUGAUUCUACUAAUUCCUAAAAUAUAAUAGGCUGGUUUUUAAUUCUUAUUCCAAGAAAUUACACAUUUAUUUACAUUGCCAGGCUUUUAAGUUUGUAAUUUCAGUAAAACAAAGUAACACUGAAAUGUUUAAAUAGCCUCGCUGUCUUAUACUUUAAAACUUAAGCAGGCAUUCUGGCUUAAAGCAACGAGAUUCCAUGUUAGGAUGCAUGCCCUUUGGUUUGAAAACAAACAAAAAAAUUCCAUUUUGUUAAAAAUAUUUUAUCAAAUGGGGUGAGCUUGUCAACACAUCUCAUAGACUUAAUCAUUGGUAACCCAGUUACUUACCCUGUAUUGACUGAGCAGGUUCCUCCCAGUCUAUAGUGUUUCUCUUGGAGCCUUUGGAAGUUGUAUUAAAUUUCUCACACUUUUACUUUUUUCUUAUUUUAUUCUCAAUUUAAAUGGAGGCCAAUUAUAUAGUCCAGUGUCUUGUUUGGUUUUAUUUAGCUUUUAGAACUGGAGAUCAAACCUAGGGCAUCAUGUGUGCUAGACAAGCACUCUAUCACUGAGCUACAGCCCUACUCCUUAAUAGCUUUUAUUUAGAAGAUUCUAAGAUCAUGUUUUAGACUCUUAGCUUUGUAAUCCCUGAAAAAUACAUUACUGUAUAAUGUCAUGGUAAUUCUGUCCUAGUACAUCACAUAGAGAAAAUUGCUACUUGAUGUACAAUCCUAAAAUUUUAAUAUUUUUAUUGAAAAUAUCCCAUGAGCUGGGGAUUUAGCUCAGUGGUGCUGUGCCUGCCUUACAAGUGCAAGGUCCUGAUUUUGAUCCCUGGUACCAGAAAAAAAGAAAAUACCCUAUGAUUUGUGGAAUUGAUGAACAAGAGAAUUUAAAACUUUCUGAUGUAGUACUCUUAUUUCCUCAUCUACAGAAUAGAAAGUUUGAACUCUGAAAUGUAUAUCCAAGUGAAAGAGAAUAAGUAAUUUUCCAGUUACUAAGAUUAUCUGGGAAAAAGAAACUAGUUAAGUUCACAUUUGGAAAAAACAAGCCCAAAGUUACUAAAAAGGAAGUAAAUAUGAUUUUCACUGUAAGUUAUUGACAUAAGAUGCUUUAUAAUACAGAUUUUGAAAAUUGAGAAGAAUAUAUAAAAACUAGAUUUUAGAGCUGGGGAUUUAGCUCAGUGGUGCCACCGCCUGCCUCACAAGCAUAAGGUCCUGAGUUCAAUCCCUGGUACAAAAAAAAACAACUAGAUUUUAUUUUCUGAAACAGUGAAUCAUUUGGGGGAUGGGGUAUGAUAUUGCACUAAAUAUAUCUAUGAGGAAUAGAGAUAAGCAUACUCUCACAGACUUUAAGCUAAGAUAAUCAAAAUUUAUAGUAUUCCUUAUUUUCUUUACACAUUUUUUUUUUUUUUUGGUACCAGGGAUUGAACUCAGGUCCUUGUGCUUGUGGGGCAGGUGGUGGAACCACUGGGCUAAAUCCCCGGCCCCACACAUUUUUAUUUUUCAUUGUCACUUUUGCUCAACAGAAUGUGGUGGCAUAUGGUAUUUUAAUCUGAAAAGUCCUCAUCAAGACACAUUAGCCAAAACCAAUAAUGAGUCAACUUACAAAAUGAGGUGCAAUUGAGCCGGUCCUCAUAGUGAGCUGAGGAAUACUUUAUGGAUGUUUCACUUUAGACUACUGAAGUUGAGACUUGUGUCACUGUGUUUAUGGAAAGUUAAACCCUGUGUCAAAUACAGUGACGACAUAGUACUAGUUACCAUUAAGGGUCAUGGUUACAUUUUUAUUAUAGAACAAAAUAGUUCUAUGUUUUUGAAAAUAGUCCUCUCAGAAAUUCCAGACACUUAAGAGAAUCUGAGUUUGGCAGUUCAGUAGAAAAUGAGACUGCCCUAAAGUAUUCAUAAUGCUUUAGUUAAACUUCCUCUGUACAGGGCCCAGGCCAGUUCCAACUAAUAAUACCAAGCUUCCUGUGUAUAUACUAGUUCACAAAGAACUUAGUUCAGACCAAGGAUUGGAAACAAAAACUUUGGUAAAAAAAUUUUUUUAAACUUAAAAUGUUUUUAGUUUGAAGUGACUGGCUUAUAAAAUCUAUUUAUUUCCUUUCUCUCUUAAAUUGACAAAUUUUGUUGGUCAAGCCUGAAGUCCUGAGCUCACUUGUGAUAAUUUUUUGAUAAAAUCGCUGCUUAAUUGUCUGAGGAGCUACAGUAUCAUGACCUUUAUUAAACUGUCUUUUGUUUUCCCAAAUACCCAGUCUGAGUAUCCAGAUUUUAUUUCAUUAAAUAAGUUAGAAAAGCAUUCUGUAAGUGAAUGUUCAGUUUACCAAAGUACAUCACCUGCUGAGGAAGGAUACAUCUUUCCUGCUCUAAGAGAAGCCCUUCAUCUCCUGGAUACACAUUGUUCCCUUGGUAUUACCAGAGGCUGUGUUCAUGAGAUGGGUAACCUUUUGUGCAGUUCUUAGAAACACCUGUUUUCUAGAGAGAACCUUUUCUAUGAUUAGGUUACGAGUGUGUUUUUUCUAGGAGAUUUCUUUUUAUUUCAAUAUCAAUUUUCAAAUUGACAGAUGCUUUUUAAAGUCUCUCAUACUGAGAGUAGUCCAUUAAAUUUUUGAAAGUUGCACUGUUUUUCAUCUUUCAGGCACCUGAAAUGAAUGACAUUGGGUAUUUGGAAGAUCAUAAACUUUACUCUUUAUCUUCCUUGUACAAAAUGAUGGCUUCUGAUGCUUGUAUUUCAAGGUAUUUUUUGAAAACCAACAAUCCCUGAUAGAGUAACAUUUUGUUUUGAUCUAAAUUCCCAAUAAUCUAUUUAAUUAUUCUGUUGUUACUGGUGACUCCUGUCACAUCAGAUAGAGAUUGCCUGCCUCUUUGUAGGGCACCCUUAUGGCACCUUAUGUCCAAUUUGGAGGAUAGUAUAUGGCUUCUUUGUGCCUCUGCUAUCUUUUCAAAAGCCAUUUUAUAAAAAUCCUAGUUAGCCUAUUUUAAUAUUUAAAUAUAUAUAUUUGUGAAAGAUACUUUUAGAACAAACUUUUUUUUUACUUUAUAAUUCCUGUAUCCCCAUUUUUAAGAGUAAAUUUACGCUUUUCCAGGAUUAGGAAGUAUUCUUUUUCCAGAGCAGCAUAAUAAGAAAAGUCAGAUUGAGAUAAUAGACCAGAAUUCAGUGAUAGAAGAAAAUAAUAUUGGCUAAGGGAGAUAGGUUUGAAAGGGAAAAAUUGUUCUGAUGUAACAGACAUGGGUUUUUUAAUAAAAUCAUGUUUGUAAUUGCAUAUUUGCUGCUAUAAGUAGCUCAGUAUUUUACAGGGCUAACGUAUAAAUCUGGCUCUAUUUAAAAACGAGUCCAUUUUAGUGCAAACAGCCUAGGUGGAGACUGCACCAGUCUCCCCAGGGUGCUGAGUGCUCUGUGUAGCUAAUGCAUGCUUUAAUAUUCACCUGCAGUCUGGCAGCAAGAAAGUGUGGGGGCAACUUUUUACCCUGCCGGCUCUAGCAUGAUUUUGGAGGGCACUGGCAUCUUACAAAACCCUCAAGGGAUGUAAUGCUAAAGAGGAAACAUGAACUAAGUUAUGCAGGUGGGUGUUUUUAUGUCCUCUUCUCCUCCCAGAAUCAGUACAGCUAUGCCAGUCCCCAGCUGCCCAGCGUUGUGUCCAGUCCUCAUCUCAAUCAACUAUGGCUUUAGUUGGUGACAGUGGCCAUUGCUAAGUUACUUGGCAUGUUUGAUUUUGGACAAUAACAAAAAUGGUUUUGGAGUUUAUUUCUUAAAAAUGUAUACAAUGUCAGAACUUCACAUUUUAUAUACUAGUAUCUGGCUAUUAGUAUUUUACAGGAACCAUAGUUCUUGGUGACUACACACACAUAUAUAUAUUUUUGUGACUUUUUUGUAAACUAAGUGCCGUUUCAACGUUACAAUCAUUUUUAGAGUUAUUGUAAUCAAUGUGAAUAUUAUGUUUUUCAAAUCUGUUCUGAGCCUAUAUAGUGUUUGCUUUGUGAACAUAUGUGUAUUGUAUAUAAUCUGUAUAGUUACAUUGUAUUGAAAUAUUAGCUUGUUUGAUAUAAGGAAAGUAUGUAUUGAGUACCUUUUUGCUAGCUUGAUUGUUUAAUCUUUUUUAAAAAGGUUUAAACUUUUUUUAAAAAAUCUUUAAACUGACCUUUAUUACAUGGUCACAAAAUUGCAGUUGGAAGGGAUGGACAGGGAAAAACUAGUCUUGAGAGUCUUUGGAUAGAAACAUGAGACUAAGACUUGUUUUUGUUUUGUUUUCUCCUCAUUAAAAUAUCUUAUUAAUGCUUUAUGGAAUAAAACUUCCUGCUAUUGUUAUUUAAUAUUGGCUGGAAGCAAAAAUUGGUGGUGUUGGUUGAGGUCCAGUGGAUAAGUUAUCAGAAUAAUUCAUUAUUUAAGUAAACAUCCAUCAAGCAUGUGCAGACUAGAGAAUAUUUAUUAGACGGUACAUGUCGGUUUUCUGGUCCAGAAGGAAAAUGGCUGUAAGUGCAAAGGUUCUACAAACACGGUAUCUAAGAGGGGGAGGAUAAAGGAGAGGAUAAUUAGAGGAAGGCAUCAGUCCUGAGAGCUGUUGAACGGGGUUCUUCCAUAAAGCAUAAAAAGCUACUUACUGGUUGGUUAUGUUACCUCCUGAAGUUUUCUCCAAUUUUUUCAAAAUCGUAUAUUGACUAGAGACUCACUGUUGCCAUUUCAGUGAUAACUUAAAGUCUCAGAGUAAAAACAGUUACAGAGUGGGGAAAUCAACUCAUUACAUAGGUAAUGAGCCCCGGAGAACCUGAAGGAAUAGCUUUCCAACUUGAGGCUCAUCUUGAUGUGCAUUUUUGACAGUGUCUUGACAGGCAAAGAAAAACAUUUUAAUGACCUCAGGCAACCAGGAACAUUGCAGUUCAUUAAGUUUAGAGAGGAAGACAGUAAAUGUUUAAGAAGCACUUUCAUUCAGUGGGUAUGUUAAGUGUUUUUAACAAGUUUACUGAAUCAUUCAAGAUCAUCAAACUAUUGGGUUCUUCAGUAGCUAAAUUUAGCCACAGAUGAUUGUAGAAUGUAGAAUUUAAAAUAAUUUUAUCUUAGAGUUUGUAUAUGAAUUGUAUACCAGAAAGAUUCCUUUCAGAGAAUAAUACUAAAGGUAAUAACCAAAAGAUGUGUAUUUCUUCAAUUAGUAGAGUUGAAGUUAAUAAUUGGGGCUUUUUCUCUUUUGAACUGAAGUUUGUUCUAAGUAGUAAACUAAGAAGGCAAAAUAAAAUCCAUAAACAUACCAGGAGUUUAAAGGGGAAAACCUGUACAUAAACACCAAAUUACAAAGUUUAAUGUAAAAGUGUUAUAUGAAUAAUCUUUUAUACUGAUGGGAAAAUAAACCAAGACGGGGUAUAUUCCAUCAAAAAAUUAAUUCUUCAGUAAACUGACCAGUAACUGGUGGCUUGAA